AUGAACCCUCGCCCGCAUGGUGACGAAUACGAAGACGCAGGCGACCCAUACGACGAUGACCCCGAUAUCUCCACGAUUCCGUUCGUGCAGCAGCAAGCCUAUGGCCGUGGACUGUGGAAGAACCCUAUAAAAUUCGUCUCCGCUGCAGCAGAGCCUCCACCGCCAACUGCAUCCUCGACAAAUGGCAAAUCAAUGGCAGAAAAGUACCUCGCCAUCAUGUUUCCCAACGGCCAACCGCAGCCAAAGCCCGAAGCCUACCCUCUAUGCGGUAUAUGUGGCGAACCUGUAAAAGAAGUCGACCAGCGCAUCCACUACCUGAGUCCCGCACAUCAAGCAGCCCUUCCUCGGCCCCCCAUUCCCUCGGCCAUCGAUCGGACAAGAAUGGGAUUGAAGUAUAUGGAGAAACACGGAUACGAUGUGGAUGCGCGGGCAGGACUUGGGGCUAGCGGGCAGGGCAUGCUCUUCCCCAUAAUACCGAAGGAGAAACGAGAUAAGUUGGGACUAGGCAUCGACAAGAAAGAGCAUAUUAAGAGGAGGGCGUUCGGUGGCGCAAGUGCUGCAGAUGUUAAGGAGGGCAAGCUGGAUGCUGGCAAAAUGAGGAAGAUGGCGAAGAUAGAGAAGAAGAAACACGAGAGGUUGCAGAGGAUGUUCUACGGAAACGAUGAGGUUGAGAAAUACCUUGGACAGCUGGAGGGCUCGUUGCAUCAAUGA